AGGCAGAGAGAAGUGAUUUGUGUGAAAUAAUCUGGGAUUAAAGAGGAGGCAAUAAAGGACCUGCAAUGGAACAUUUAACAGCGGCAUUAGAGAGAAGUUAUUGGGGAUUCAGAAGCAGCACAGAGGAUCACUCGGCUGAAUUCUAUGUGGCACUGCGGUGGAUUCAGUUUAUUAUGGUGGUUUUGAGUAUUGUCGGUUCAGGCUCCAUCAUUGGAUAUGCAGCAUUGCAGCAGUUGGCGAGGCAUGCAGAGAUUCGCCCAUUAUUCUACCUGAGUUUGUCUGACCUGUUGUUGGGGUUUUGUUGGCUGAUCAGUGUUUCACUCUACAGGGAGUCCCUCAGAGCUGGGAGCAUGACCUGCUACAAUCUCCAAGUGAUAGGACAGGUGCUAUACCUCACAUCUUUUUGCUACACCUUGAACUAUACCUGGUGCCUGUACAGGGAUCUGAAGUCAAGGAUUCAUGCGAUGAUGAACACUACAUCUCGCCUGCUAACUGAAAGCAAUGGCAGACUGAGCAGGAUCAUAUUAAUCUUGUUCAGUUUGUUUCCUCUCAUCCUGAUGGUGCCUGUCUUUUAUGUUGGCAAUGGAUAUACUUGUUAUGCUAACCUCAGCAAUUCGUAAGUAAUGUAUACCUCAACGUGGUUGCCUUGUGGUUAUAUAAAUAACUUGCAAAGUUCUGAUGUCCCUUCCAUAUCCUCUUUAUUAUCACAACGGACAACAUCUAUCUCAACAACAUAG